GUGUAAUGAAACCGGCUUCAGGUUUUACAUCUUUUCGUAGUCAAGUACGCAUAACACCUGGAGCCGUUGUUUGUUCCGAAUGUGAACUAUCUGGUGAGAUAAUUAUCGGUGCAAAUACUAUUAUUCAUCCAAAAGCUCGUAUAAUCGCUGAAGCUGGUCCAAUACAUAUAGGAUCAUUUAAUUUAAUCGAAGAACAGGUGGAAAUUGUGAAUAGAAUUCCUGGUUCCAUAAUGAAAAUUGGUGAUUACAAUGUGUUCGAAGUAGGAGCACAUUGUUAUGCUUUAGAAGUUGGUGAUAAUAAUGUUUUUGAAGCGAAGUGUCAUAUUGGAUCAAAUGUUAAAAUAACCCAUGGUUGUGUAAUUGGUGCAAUGUGUUCAAUGGAUUCUGGUGAAACAUUACCAGAAUGUACUGUUGUAUACAGUGAUGAAGGUCAUCGUCGUAUUGCAACUGAACGUCCAGCUGCACAAACAUUACAAUUAGAUUUUCUAACAAAAAUUCUACCAAAUUAUCAUCAUUUAAUGAAAGCUAGUCGAACUUCCACACCAAAACCAACUGAAAAACAAUAACCUAUCCUACAUUUGUUUGUUUGUUUCUUUCUUAUCUCUUGUAACUGACUUAUUUGAAACGUUAUACAAAAUAGGUGGAAUGUUUAAUAAAUAUAAUCUCCUUUUAAACUUAUUUGUUAAUUUUGAAAUGGUAUCUGUUUUCUUGCCAAUAUACACUGAACUGUGUUAUUGAUGGUGUAAAGCAAUAAAUCUGUACAAAUAAAUAUUAAUAUUGUUUGGUUGUUGUGUUUUUUUUGGUAUAUUUUUGGUUACUUAAUCAAUAAACAAAUAAAUAAAUAAUUCAUAUCA